UCACAUAAUCUAGAAGGUGAAGCAGCUAUGGCAUUGAUGAGAGGCAAUUGAAAAGGUCAGUGCCUCUUGGUGCCUUUUUUAGGACAUGCUGCAUUGUAUGGUAAAGUUAUUUCUAUAAACUCUUGCAUUUAUGUUGAUCGAUUGUUAGGGCCUCUUGGCAACAAGCCAAACCACUUAGUGUUUGAGCAGGUAAUCGAUAUGGAAACCAAUGUUAUUUUAGUAUAAGGUUUUACUGUUUUUAAUCCAAUGCUUGGUUUGCGAUAAUGUCUCUUAGUCUUGAGGGGUCCAAGAAGCCUCCAUAUGUCCAUAUGACAACCCAAACUUUAAAAUGCUUGUGGCUAAGUUUGGGUAUAUAUUUAUCUCUAAUUUCCUUCUGCACAAAAUAGUUAUAUCAGUUUUCUCGUCUUAUCAAAAGUUUUACACAAUGAACAAUAUAUAGUGACUAUGCACGCAUAUUUGCAUUUGAAACAUAUGGAUCUUGGCAGAUGUUUCUGGUUUUUUACACGUAUUAGCAUUAUGUAUCAAUGGUUGAUGCUCCAUAACAUUUACAUUUUUAAUUUGCAACACAACCAAGGAAAACCUUGUCAUGUUGAUUGCAUUUUUGGGUAGUUUCCUUGACUUAGUUAUUAUUGUAUAAAAUAGAUAAACCAGUAUGAUCUGCCAUUGUGAAAAUGGCUACUUUGAUUAUCAAAUUCCUAUUUUUUCAGGGGACCUUUUUAUUGUUAUAGAAUAGUGUUAGCUUAUUUUAAUGUUUUCACAGUGAUGGAUGGUAAUAUUCUAGGUCUAAUCUUCUAUAACUGUGGUGGAACUAUUUUAGGAAGUCAUUUUGUCCAUCCAAUUUGUUGGGGCUAGUUGAGUAGAACAAACAAAUUUUACAAUAGGCAUAUUCUUUCUAUUAUUGAAGAAUUGGACCACAUAGAUUGAAUAAAGUUAUUGUAUUGUAGCGCAUUGAGUCACUAACAUGAUUACUCAUUUUGUUCAAUAUAACUACCAGAUUGAUAAAACUGGUACAUUGUUUACUAUAUUUGAAUAUUUGAAUAUCUAUUAUAUUGAUGGGUAGAGUACUUAUUAAUAUUUCAGUCCUUUUUAUGGAGUUCAGUUUUGGUCUCUUUCUUUGAUCCUAUUGAGCUUGAACAACUCUCAUUCAUUUUCUUUCUAUUUCAUGUGUUGAUUCACAAUAAUCUAUGCAUUCAUGAUUAUCAUGGUAUAUAAUUUAUUCUGUAAUACUUGGCUUACUCUACUGCACAUCAUUUAGUACUGUACAAAACUGGAGCCAUACUUUGACAAGAUUUAUCUACCUGAUAUACCUAAUAAAAAUAUUGUGCUUACAUCAUGUUUUGAUUUUAUUUCUAUAUUUUGAUUAUUUUCUUAGAUAAGCCGUGAACAUCAAUCUAAGAAUUAGAUUUUGGGUUUUCAAAGCUUGAGAGAAAAUGCAGCAAUGUGACAAACAUGAUGGUGAACUAGUAUAUCCAAGCCACUAUCAGUGAUUGAAAAGGGGUGAAGGGAUUUUUGCAUCCUUUUGCCAGAAGUAAUCAUGCCUUAUAUGCUUAAGGUUAUUUUAGGCUAUUUUGAACGCAGCUAUGGGAGCGAUUCUGUGUUUUCGGCUGUUUGUUUGUUCUGUGUUGUGUUGCUCAGAUAGGGUGUCAUGUAAUGGAAAGGGAUGAUGCUUGGGAUUCACUUGGUGGGGCCUGAGGUCACCGUGAGGGAAUUAAGGCUUCUAACUAAGGUUGAAAGUAACAUGACAUAGAGCUUUAGGAAUAAAGUGAUCAUAGACAAAGGGUUGACAUUCUGAAGAAUUUUAGCAAGACAAUGGGAGUAUACACUCCAGGUAUGAAUUUGGUUUUUGAUGACAUUUGUGGCAAGGAACAGUUUAGUCCCAGAAGAUUCAAUUGUUGCCUUAGGAACAGGCAACUAGAGGAUCCUCAUUUCAUUAGGUUCCACUUAUUCGUUCAAAACAUGAGAGAUCAAUUAAAUUUGGAAGAUGACAAAGAUAAUGAUGGAUCUAGUAACAACGCUAUGGAAGAUAUGGAUGCAAAUCAAAAUGAGAGAAAUGUUGAUCAAGCUCCAAAUUUGUCCUAUGAAGAUAUUGAUGACGACUUUGAGCUCACUCUUUGGACUUGAUUUACCAAUUGAGUUAUCUUUCACUCGCUCUUGUUGAUUUAAAUUAAGAACAUAUUUUGUACUAGAGACUAGUUUAUUAUCUUUUUUUAGAUUAUUAGUUAUGUUUAAAAUUGAUAUUAGAUU